AUGGCCGAGAGCUUCCAGCUGCUGCGCUCGAUGCCGGAUUCGAGUCUCUUCAGCUUCCCUCCUACGAAUGCGCCUGCUCCCAUUGCGCCCCUUGAUGUUCCUACCUCGAUAUUGCGCCCGUUCAACAUCCCUGAGCACAUCUUCACUGCUGCUCUCGACGCCAGGGUCCCAUUGACCAUCGCUAUCCUCUAUGCCGUUACCGUCAAGAGCCUCAACAUUUACAACAAGUCCAACGGCAAGAAGCCAUGGGCUAUAGCUAAAACCCGGCCAUUCUUCGCCUUCGUCGUUCUCCACAAUGUCUUUCUCUGUGUCUACUCUGCUUGGACAUUUUGGGGCAUGCUCAGUGGCAUGAGAAGGAGUAUUCUCAACCCAACGGGUUCCCAGGGUCUCGCUGGUAUGGCUGACAGCUUCUGUCGUCUACAUGGUUCUGCUGGUCUUGGAAACUCCAUUUACUACAACGAGACCUCAAGCUCAUUUGUCUCUAAUGCCGAGAACGCCCCAAUUGUCAACGCUCUCCCCAGUGGAACAGUUCCUGGCCGCAUGUGGAACGAGGGUUUGGCUUAUUAUGGUUGGAUCUUUUAUCUCAGCAAAUUCUACGAGGUUCUCGAUACUUUUAUCAUCCUCGCCAAGGGCAAGCUUAGCUCUACUCUCCAAACUUAUCACCAUGCUGGAGCCAUGCUGUGCAUGUGGGCUGGCAUGCGUUACAUGGCUGCACCUAUCUGGCAGUUUGUUCUUAUCAACUCGUUCAUUCACUCUUUGAUGUACUUCUAUUACACACUGACUGCCUUCUCCAUCCGAGUUCCCACUGCCAUCAAGCGAUCUCUCACCACGAUGCAAAUCACCCAGUUCAUCAUCGGCGCAAGCAACACCAUUUCGUAUUCUUUCAUGUCUUAUAAGGUCCCUGUCACCAUCUUUCAGAAGCUCUCUACCGUUGCGGGCACCACCGCAGCUGCUACCGACGCAAGCCAAGAAACUGUUGUUGACGGCGCUGUCGACUCUCUCAAGAAGUUUAUCUGGGGUGCCGCUGAGGGUGCUGCUGCUCCUGGUGCCGCCCCUGUUGCAUCGCAGGCUGUUAGUGCUGAGGCCUUCACCGCUGAGACACAAUACGUUACCCAGCCCUGCAUCAUGACCACUGGCGAGACCUUCGCUAUCUGGCUCAACGUCUUGUAUCUUGCUCCUUUGACAUACCUUUUUGUUAGCUUCUUCAUUGCCAGCUAUAUCAAGCGCAGCAAUGCUGCUGGCAAGGCCUCUCACAAGGGAUCCCAUGACGUUAAUGCCAACAUCGCUCUCGCUGAGAAGGCUGGUUGGGAUGCGGCUAAGGGCAUCGAGAAGGAGAUUUACGAUGGUGCGAACAUGGCCAACGGUUCAUCAGCAGACGAGGCAUCGCGGGCUUCUACUCCUAAGAAGGCUAACGGCAAGUCGCGACGAAAGGCCUAA